GAUUUCUUCCUCCGCGACCGAACGGCAUUGCGUACACGUGCUGUAUGGCGCCGUCUACGGGAUUUAGCGGCCAGUGAUUUCGAGAAAUUUUGUGAUUUACUGCUACGUUUGAAGUCUGAAGCGUGCAUUAUGGCUUCAAGAAGGUGCUGGGUGCCCAAUUGCAAAAAUGCGAAAGCGAAAUUAGCCAUUAAAACGUCUAUUUGGGUUUCCAGGAUACGUGAAACGAAGUAUUGCAGGAUUUCAAUGCAAGCUUCCAGUAAAAAUCCUUGUACGUAGGCAGCAAUUCAUACUUAAAAUGGUUCUUGGAUCGUUCAAUAUGCUGCUAUAUCAUGUGCGGCAGAUGCAUAUGCUAGCUACUAAAUGGUAA